GAUCCUGUUAAUGACUGCUCUGUGGCAGCUAAACCGAGAGAACAAGCAGCUGCCCUGUUCAUUAAUUCAAACAACACCGGGUACAGAGCUUGUGCUGCAGAGCUUUUGCUACGGGAUGGAAAUCAAUGUGUAUCCUCAGUGGAAGUUGUGCCUUCAAGGACCUCAUGAAUUCUAUUUUAAGAACCUCUCACAAAAGAGACGAGCCAUGGAGAAGAAUGGGGAUAACCGGAAGCUUCGAGUUUGUGUCGCCACUUGCAACCGUGCUGAUUAUUCCAAACUUGCCCCAAUCAUGUUUGGCAUUAAAAUGGAACCUGAGUUCUUUGAACUUGAUGUGGUGGUACUUGGCUCUCACCUAAUAGAUGAUUAUGGGAACACAUACCGCAUGAUUGAACAAGAUGACUUUGACAUUAAUACCAGGCUACACACAAUUGUGAGAGGGGAAGAUGAGGCAGCCAUGGUAGAAUCAGUAGGCUUGGCCCUAGUAAAGCUACCAGAUGUCCUUAAUCGUUUGAAGCCUGAUAUCAUGAUUGUUCAUGGAGACAGAUUUGAUGCCCUGGCUCUGGCUACAUCUGCUGCCUUGAUGAAUAUCCGAAUCCUUCACAUUGAAGGUGGGGAAGUCAGUGGGACCAUUGAUGAUUCUAUCAGACAUGCCAUCACAAAACUGGCUCAUUAUCAUGUGUGCUGCACCCGAAGUGCAGAGCAACACCUGAUAUCCAUGUGUGAGGACCAUGAUCGCAUCCUUCUGGCAGGCUGCCCUUCCUAUGACAAACUUCUCUCUGCCAAGAACAAAGACUACAUGAGCAUCAUUCGGAUGUGGUUAGGUGAUGAUGUAAAAUCUAAAGAUUACAUUGUUGCGCUACAACACCCUGUGACCACUGACAUUAAGCAUUCCAUAAAAAUGUUUGAAUUAACAUUGGAUGCACUUAUCUCAUUUAACAAGCGGACUCUAGUUCUGUUUCCAAACAUUGACGCAGGGAGCAAAGAGAUGGUUCGAGUGAUGCGGAAGAAAGGCAUCGAGCAUCAUCCCAAUUUCCGUGCAGUUAAACAUGUCCCAUUUGACCAGUUUAUACAGUUGGUUGCUCAUGCAGGUUGUAUGAUUGGGAACAGCAGCUGUGGAGUACGAGAGGUUGGAGCUUUUGGAACACCUGUGAUCAAUCUAGGAACACGUCAGAUUGGAAGAGAAACAGGGGAGAAUGUCCUUCAUGUCCGGGAUGCUGAUACCCAAGACAAAAUACUGCAAGCACUGCACCUUCAGUUUGGUAAACAAUACCCUUGUUCAAAGAUAUAUGGGGAUGGAAAUGCUGUUCCGAGGAUUUUGAAGUUUCUCAAAUCUAUUGAUCUUCAAGAGCCACUACAAAAGAAAUUCUGCUUUCCUCCUGUGAAGGAGAAUAUCUCUCAAGAUAUUGACCAUAUUCUUGAAACUCUAAGCGCCCUGGCUGUUGAUCUCGGUGGGACAAACCUCCGAGUUGCAAUAGUCAGCAUGAAGGGUGAAAUUGUUAAGAAGUAUACUCAGUUCAAUCCUAAAACCUAUGAAGAGAGGAUUAAUUUAAUCCUACAGAUGUGUGUAGAAGCUGCAGCAGAAGCUGUAAAACUCAACUGCAGAAUUUUGGGAGUAGGUAUUUCUACGGGUGGCCGUGUAAAUCCCCGGGAAGGAGUCGUGCUGCAUUCAACCAAACUGAUUCAAGAAUGGAACUCCGUGGACCUCCGGACCCCGCUGUCUGACACCUUGCAUCUCCCCGUGUGGGUGGACAAUGAUGGCAAUUGUGCUGCCCUGGCGGAAAGGAAAUUUGGCCAAGGAAAGGGCCUGGAAAACUUUGUGACACUUAUCACAGGCACAGGAAUUGGCGGGGGGAUCAUCCAUCAACACGAGUUGAUCCAUGGAAGCUCCUUCUGUGCUGCAGAACUUGGCCACCUUGUUGUGUCUCUGGAUGGGCCUGACUGUUCCUGUGGAAGUCAUGGGUGUAUUGAAGCAUAUGCCUCUGGAAUGGCCUUGCAGAGAGAAGCAAAAAAGCUACAUGAUGAAGACCUGCUCUUGGUGGAAGGGAUGUCCGUGCCAAAAGACGAGGCCGUGAGUGCAGUCCAUCUCAUCCAAGCUGCGAAACUUGGCAACGUGAAGGCCCAGAGCAUCUUGAGAACAGCUGGAACAGCUCUGGGUCUUGGGGUUGUGAACAUCCUCCACACUAUAAAUCCUUCCCUUGUGAUCCUGUCUGGCGUCCUAGCCAGUCACUACAUCCACAUCGUCAAGGACGUCAUCCGCCAGCAAGCCUUGUCUUCGGUUCAGGAUGUGGAUGUGGUGGUUUCAGAUUUGGUGGAUCCUGCCCUGCUGGGUGCCGCCAGCAUGGUUCUGGACUACACAACUCGCAGGAUCUGCUAGGCCUCCCAGGUGUGGACGUGGACCGAGACUCAGAGCUGCUUUGUGGAAUCAGGCUUUUAGACGAGCAUUUCUUAAAAAUCAGAUUUGGUAUUUAAAUUUGGUAUUUGGCAGGUGACUUUGGCAGUUAAUUUUUUGCUUUUCAUCUCCUCUUCCAAAGUCACCUUUCCUAACCCCAUUUUCGUGGCUGCUGCUCUUUCUGGGUUCAUUUUAGCUCAAACCCUGUAAGUAUCAGUCACAAUCUUCUGUGCCAAAGGAGCUGUCAUCGUAGACGAGGAUGCCUUAGGGCUCUGCUUACGACCUAGACCUGCAGGCCUUGCCUGGAGGGAGGCUCCAGACUGGAGUGGAGAUUAUUAAUCCUUCUUCCUCUGACCCGAAACUCAGAUUGCAGAAGGGGAUCCAUCCAAUCAGGAAGCAGAAGGAAAUCUCACUGUGAAAGGCUUAAGUAAACUUUUUUUUUUAAAAACCAGUGUUACUGAGGUAUUUUUAAAAGUGUACAAUUUGAUGAGCUUUGACCUCCAUAUAUACCUGUGAAACCAUCACUGCAAUCAAGACAUUGGACACAUCUGUCACCCCCAAAUGUUUGCUAAAAGAUGUUAUUUGUUAUUACUCUUGCAUAAUCUUGAGCAACUUUAGGGACCUGGAUGACAGUGGCCUUAGUGACCUUAUCCUUAUCUUCUUAAGGACAGCUGAGAAGCCACUAAGACUUACAGCCUCUGAAAGGAGAUUAACCACCCCCAAAGGAUCUUCAUUACUGACAGAUACCUUUCCAUUCAGUAACUUUUCUUUCUUUCUUUUUUUAAAAAAAUAUGUAUUUGAGAGAAAUAGAGCGUACAUGCGUGCACAAGUGGAAGGGUAGAGGCAGAAGGAGAGAAGCAGACUCCCCUAUGACCAGAGAGCCUGAUGCAUGUGGGGCUCAGUCCCACAACCCUGAGAUCAUGGCCUGAACUCAAGGCAGAUGCUUAACCAGGCGUCCCUUUGAUAACUUUUCAUACUAAUGUUGAGGAUGACCCUGGUUUAUCUAUUAAUAGCUGUGUUUGUAGAGCCCAUAUCUGUGAUGUGGACUGUGGCAAAAUAAGAUUCUGUGCUUUCACUGGUGUUAAGAAGGCCAAGGUUCUUGCUAUCAAUUUUAAUGUCAGAGAACUACUAAUACCCAUCAUUUAUUAAGUGCCUACUGUAUACCAGGCUCUGAACUAGGUGCUUCAUAUACAUUAUUCUAAAUUCUUAAAACCUGGGAGGUGAUGUCCUAAUUUACAUUUUAUAUGAUCCUAAACUAAGUCUUGGUGUGUUUAAAUGAUGGUACCUAAAGCCAAGUGGCGACUGAGUCUUAGAAAAACAGGGUUUGAUUCCAGGUCCCUCUGUGCUUUUCUGCUAAGCCACCCAGCCUCUCAUAUAAAAAACUUGCAAAAUGUGCAUAUAUCCUAAUUUACUUUAGACUACCUGCAGCUUUAAUAAGAUGGACUCAAUUUGUCUUUGAUGCUGUCCCUCGAUAAAUUUAAUCGAAUAUUCCUUUAUGCUGUAGACAUUUUGCCAAUACAGUAUUUGGUCUAAUGACAGGUUUUUUAUGGGUACUUUUAGAUCUAAAACAUAUGCAUGUUUCAGAUUACUUUAGGAAAACCUGAAGGUUUCCAUUGUUUUGGUGUUAGCAUACAAAAUAAAGCGAAAGAAUUAAUAUUGCAUUUGAAAUCCUUCCUUCCUGGUGGGUUAAUGUGAAAAGAUAGAUUGGUUGAUUCCUAGAAUUUGACCAGCCCUGAAGUAAUCUUCAGGUCCUGGUUAUUGUUGAAAAAUUCCACAGUGAUUCCUAGGAAGGAAGCUAGCUAGUCUGCUUGGCUCUCAGUGUCUGGGGUGAGGUGGUAUGCUCCGAAGGGGCAUCCGUUGUUCCUUGGUGACAUCUGUAACUGCUCUGUACACCAGAGUUGCAUUGCUACCAAGUUUCAUACCAAAUAUUUGGAAGGAUGGUACUAAAUCUAAAACCAAAUCUUAGUUUUUAUUAAAUUCAUGGAAAGGUUAAUAUAUUCCAACAUAAUUAUUUACUUAUAGUGAAAUAAUCACACAUUAAUUUAUUUUAUUGUAAAUAUUUUUAUGUUACUGUUCUGAGCCAAAUUCUAAAGAAAAAAUAAAAUAUAUUUCUUUGUGGAAAUCCUAA